UUCUUCAAUUACUUAUUGUAUGCAUCUUAAGUACUCCGUAUACGAUAUAUACUGACAACAUAAACGAAUUUAUGGCAUUCCUACUUAGAUUGGCAUUUGCUUUCUUGGUGGCUAUAGGCCUAUUAGAGUUAACAAUUUUUGCCGCGACACCAACUGAUGGGGAGGAGCUGGUUACAUUUAUCUUCGGCGAUUCCUUGACUGAAGUUGGCAAUAACAAUUACUUGCAAUACUCUCUAGCCAAGUCCAACUACCCUUGGUAUGGUAUUGAUUACGAGGGUGGCCAGGCAACUGGAAGGUUCACCAAUGGAAGAACCAUUGGCGACAUAAUAUCUGAGAAACUCGGAAUCCAAUCACCACCACCAUAUCUUUCCCUAUCUCCAAACGACGAUAAAUUGCUCAAAGGAGUGAAUUAUGCUUCUGGAGGAGCAGGAAUUCUCAAUGAUACUGGCGUUUACUUCAUACAAAGAUUAACAUUUGAUGAUCAAAUCAAUGCCUUUGGGAACACGACAUUAGCCAUCAAAUCUAAGAUAGGAGAAGCAGCUGCAAAUAAGCUCUUAAACAAAGCCGUUUACUUUGUUGGAAUAGGAAGCAAUGAUUAUGUCAACAAUUACUUGCAACCAUUCAUGGUGGCAGGACAGCAAUACUCCCAUGAUGAGUUUGUGGAGCUCUUAAUCGCUACGUUAGGGAGCCAACUAACGACCCUCCAUCAACUGGGCGCUCGAAGAGUAAUCUUCCAUGGACUCGGCCCCUUGGGCUGCAUCCCCUCGCAGAGGGUGAAGUCAAAGCAAGGAACAUGCCUAACCCAAGUGAACAAAUGGGUACAGCAGUUUAAUAGUAAAGUGCAAAAUUUAGUCCUGAGUUUGAACCAACACCUCAACGAUGCACAAUUUGGAUUUGCUGAUACUUACCAAGACGUGCAAGAACUCAUCACAACCCCACAAGCUUAUGGUUUCAAGGUAUCGAAUACAUCGUGCUGUAAUGUGGAUACAUCGAUUGGGGGACUAUGCUUGCCGAACUCCAAAGUGUGCAAAAACAGGAAGGACUACGUCUUUUGGGAUGCUUUCCAUCCCUCAGACGCUGCCAAUGCUGUACUAGCUAAUAAGCUCUUCACAAGUCUAUUUCCGAAUGCUCCAAAGAACGAAACACCACCUCCUGAAACAACACCUUCAGCAAGGAAGGCGCUUCGACAACCAUGAUCCGCUAUAAGUCUAUAACUACUGACAGAAGAGCAUUACUAUGUCCACUUAAUAGAACACAAACAGAGAAGAGAUGAACACUCUAAUCACUUUUCGUGCAAACAAUUACCAAUUUCUUAUGUGUCAUUGCCAAUGUAAUUCUAUACAUAUUUUGUUAACCACAUUAAGAAUGCUUAUAUAUUUUGAUAUAUACCAUAUUUUAGCUAUAAAAUCUCCGCUUCUCUCAAA